AGAAUGUAUCUUAGGGUAUGUUCUGUGGUAUGAAUAUUUAUAUGUCUGGGACUGUGAAGUAGAAAUUAAACUUGCUUAUGUUUAAUUAUAGCAUUUUAAUUAAUAAUUUAUGAAUGGAACAUGACUGUAUUUUGUGUAAUUUGUAAGAAGAGACCAAUUUCUUACGACAGGACUCGGAGUUUUCACCGAUUUCCUGCAAAUGAGAAUGCAAAAAAGGCAUGGAUGUCUGUAAUUGGUGUGUCUAGCAUUACAAAACUAUCGACCGUUUGUAGUGAUCAUUUUGAUCAAAGCUCUUAUCACCAAACUGAUGGUUAUACUCAUUUAAGACGACUCUUGGCUGAUGCAAUUCCCUCUUUAAAUGGAUUUAAAAAAAAUGAAUUCGAUUCAAAUCAAGCCAUAAUUGUCCCAAAAACAGAACCUCCUGAGGAUAAUUCACUAGCUACAGAAAACACAACUGAUUCAUACAAGGAUUCAAAUGCAAUGAUACAUUUAAAUAGUGAAGAAAAUUUUUAUGGUAGUCAAUUUGCAUUCAACGCAGUAAAUAAACAGUCUUCUAUUUCUUCAAUACCAUCAAGUUCAGUAGAAAACAUCAAAUUGUCACCAAUUAUUUUAGAACAGAAAGCUUCAGACUCCGAGGCUUCUUUUAUUCAAGAACAAUCAAGUAGUUCAAGCAAUGAAAAAGAAAUUUUAAAUUACACUACAAAUAUAAAGAGGAAACAUCCAAUGCUAACUGCAGGAAAUCCUACCAAAAAGAUGAAAAUUCGUUUUAUGGAUGGUUUCCAAACUAAAUACAUAUCAAGACAUGAUUUUGUUUCCGAUCAAGCAUGGGAUAAUUUCUUGAGGUUUUGCGCUAUUAAAAAUUACCAGAAAGAAAAUUACAGACUGAAAAAUCUCAGGUCAAAACGAAAAAUAGAACAUUUAAAAGAACUUAAUGCUAAAAUGAAAAAUGUUGCCAAAGAAGAUUUUUGAAAAUUUUAUAACAAUUAGGAGUUCUUUUUAGAUUUUAUUAGUUUUAAUUUCACAAAUUAUCGAGGAAAGAAUAUGCUGAACAUAUAGAGAGAUAACUAUUAGAAAAUGAAGACGAAGAAGAAUGGAUCAAUAUUAAGAAGAGUUUGCAAACUGUAGUCAACUGUAAGAAAAAAAGAAUGCUUAAUGCAGAGCUUUUUAUAUCAACAAAAAGCUUGUUUGACAUUACGCUCUUUAAAGGAGAUGUAAUUUAAUACUCAUUGAGGUAUUAGCCAGAAAAGUAGUUGUUUUCUCCUUUGAAGAACCGCAGAAUAUAUUUUCAAAAUCGAAACAAAUCAAAUCUAUAUUAUCAGUGACUACGCUAGGUUUCUACCUGAGCAGUGGUUCGUAGUUGGAAGUGAAGAUGGCGUUUAGCUUUCGUAGCAGAAUGUUUAACUUCAUAAACCAAAUAACAACGUUCUUUGACGUUGUCUUCAGUUCGGCUCUCAAGCCGGAACGAGAGUUGUUCCACUCUGAUGAGACGUAAUGACGUCGAAACUAGUCAGGGAUCUUAAAAUUGCGAGCAAUUGGGAAUGUUAAUAUUGAUUAAUAUUUCCCUAUUCAGAGGAGAUGCAAUUUAACUAGUGAUGUGUCAACUAGGAAAAAACAAAACUCGAUUUCUGUGGAAUUCGAAUUAAAUGGAUCCAAUAGCGAAUUUAUUUCCCCACAUCGUAUUGAUAUUUUUUUAUUUUUUGGUUGAAUUAUAUUUUUCAUUCAA